ACAGACGUCUGUGAUAGGUCUACAGGGAGUGGUCAAUUAAGGUGUCGUUCAAUUGUUCUUGAAUGGGUACAUGAACAACUUGCUGUUGGAAUCUUGGAGAGUAGUAGUGGGUGUCCCAAGCCAAGGUUGAUUUAAAACAAAAAGAUGGGUUCGGAUGUGUCGACUGAGGCAGAGCCUUCCAAUAACAAAAUCCAGCGAAAAAGAGAUUCAAGCAAAAGGAGUUCACAUCGAGUUCUUGUCGAAGAAAAUAGUUUAAGAUUCAAAAGAAGACUAACUGUCUUAGAGAAAAAACACGAUGCAUCAACUACAACCAGUCAGCCCACAAAGUCCACCAACGGCUUUCAUCCUGGUGCCUUAACAAGUAUUUCUGAAGACGAUGAUGUUUAUUUCCCCUAUGAAAAUCUCGUGCUGGAAGGCGGCGGAAGCCAGGGAAAUGCAUACAUUGGCGCCAUUAUGGAAAUGGAACGACUCAAUGUCUUGGGCAAGAUACGCCGAUUCGCUGGUUCCAGUGUAGGAUCCGUGACAGCAUGUUACCUCGCCAUAGGCCAUGGGUCCAGCAAAUUUCUAACCGUUGUGAACGAUGGACCUCAGUUCGCAGAUCUCUUAGACGCAAGUUGUGGAAAAUUAAGCCUGGUGCCAAACCUAUAUAGGUACAUGGGAUGGCAUCCCGGGAGGUAUUUCUACACGGCGCUUGGUGAGUCCAUUGCUGAAAAGUUAGGAGACGAAAACGCCACUUUCAAGGACCUUUACGAUAAGACUGGAAAGGAAUUAUGUGUAGUGGUGACCAAUCUAAGUACAAUGAUGGAGGAGUAUUGCCACGUCAAGACUACUCCGAACAUGCCAAUUAGAACAGCAGUCAGGAUGUCCAUAUCUGCUCCAUUUGUAUUUGUUCCUGUAAAGCGACAACAUAUGGGCCGGACCGAUCUCUACAUCGACGGUGGUGUCUUGUGUAACUAUCCAGUUCAUUGUUUUGAUGGAUGGUGGCUUUCUAUGAAACCCGAAGACUCUCUCUUGAAGAGAAUGCAACCCCUGGAGGAUGCAGCCAAGCUUCUCACCAAGAAAGAGAGAUUUGGGCUGUUCAACGACAAAACAUUCGGCAUGAUCAUAUACAGUGAUUAUGAUACCCAUGUACUUGCGACCAAUCCCGAACUAGAAGCACCCAUAGCACCUAUACCAGACACAAAACUUGCCAGAGCACACCAAAAAGUGAAAAGGAAGAGAGAAUUGAAUUUUAAACAGCAUCGUCUCGUGACAGACGCAAUGACGAGAUUUCUCAAAGUUCUGGAUCAGAACUGUUUGGGAGGAACCACAAUCAAAAAGAACGAAUUCAUGAAAGCCUUCUCAGAUAAUGAUGAGUUCACAUCUGACCAUGCCCGAAUUCUCUUCGGCGAAGAUCUGUCUGUUGAGGAAAUAUUUGCCAGUAUUGAUGCCAAUUCUGAUGGGGAGAUCGAUUUCAACGAGCUGAUGUCUUUAGCUGAGCAGGAAGGCGUCGGAAUCCAAACCCAUCACAUUGGAACAGGACAUCAUGAGAUCAAGAACACGACUGAGUAUCUCUCUGGUAUCUUCAAUAUGCUUCUCAUGAAUGUAAAAAGAGCUUUCCUGGAGGGCCAUGAUAUUGAAAGAACAGUCCUAAUCAAUACUGUGUAUGUCAAAUCCUUGGACUUCAGGCCAGCGAAGGAAGACCUGGAUUUCUUAGUAGAGCAAGGGCGCCGUGGACUCCAGACAUUCCUCAAAUAUCAGAAGAACAAAGGAACAAAAUUGUGAGGGAAACAUCCUGAACAUCUUAACAGCAAGGGCGUCGUGGACUCCAGACAUUCCUCAUGUAUCAGAAGAACAACGGAACAAGACUGUGAGGGAAACAUCCUGAAAUAUUCAUCAUGAAAGGCUGUCCAAAAAAGUAUGACGUCGUGGAUUGCAGGGGAGCGUUUCAUCAAUAUUUUCAUCCGACAAGUUGUCACAUCUGACAUCUUUCCUUGAUUCUGAUUGGCUGAGAGGCACUGUUCCUAUGGUAACUGUCGGAUAAAAUGUCCGACAAGUCCUUUCAUGAAACGCCGCCCAGAUGUUCCUCGUGUAUGAAAAGAAUAAAGCUACCAGGGAAAACUUUACUAAGGAAUCACCAUGAACCCCCAAACUUUAAAAGCAGAAGGAGAAGAGGACGAGAAUAAUAAUAGGAAAUAGGAAGAGGAAGAGAAGGCAGAAAAGAAGGAAAUAGAUAGAGAGCUGAAGUUAUUUGCCAAAAGUUUUUGAAUUAGAGCCGAUUCCCCCCCCCCCCCCCCCCCCUCUUGUCUGCUGUUGGAGUCCUCGACUAUACUACUAUUUUCAGAAUUAUGUAGUGUUCCUCCAAUCACGUCAGAACUUUUUUUUACUACUGCUUUGGAAGUGAAAUUUGUUUUUGGAGGGGGAGCGGGGCUGUCAAUCCAUGCUGAGACAAUAUCUUCAUUUAAUCUGGCGUUUACUGUGAUUAGCAUGGAAAAUGUUAAUACUUUGUAAUUUUGUUUCCAAAUCACAAGUACAGAAUUUAAUUAAUAAUUUGAGACUGGUACUUUAGAUUCACAAUGUUAACAAGAUAUGACUUCCAGAUAUUUUUUUUACUUUAUUUUCUUAAGAUUGCAUAAUUGUAGUUAAUAUAAUCAUAUAUAAUUAUUUGCGCUAACUAGAAUUACUGUAUAUCACGUAUAUGUAAAACGGUAUUUUACAAAUCUAUUAUACUAUUCGCAAAACUCUGAAUCUGAAAUAUCGCAAGAAAUUUCCUAUAUUACCAUAAAAGAAUUUCAAAACCAUAACAAUAUCUUUAUUCUUAAAUGACCGUCUCAUGUAUAAUUAUGCUAACUAUGGGUCCUUCAUAGCAACGUGUUUUUUAAAGGCAAUUUUACCACUUUUUAUAUCAGUAUAUGUGGUUGCUUGUCACUGACAUGUUUUAUACAUCCACUUAGGCUUUUCUAUUUUAAACCUGUAUAUAUCGACAAAAUAAUAUGUAUUCGCAACAUUUACAGUUAUUUCAUGUUUAUGUCAUGGCCGUGUAUUAGAGCACAUCUCUCAAUCAAUGAAAUAUUGUUAUAUUAAUUUGACAUCACAAAUGUUUGUAUCGUUGCCAAUGGGAGAAUUUCCAUAGCAUUAGUGAUUUUAACUUUGCAAAUGUUUAUUGGUUAUCUAAUUGUACUCAAACUUUUAUAUGUUUUUUUUUAUUCAAACAAGCUCAAUUGUUCCAAGAGUUUCCUUCUUAUUUAAUACAUUGCUUACCUUAAUCUGCGUGCUGCAGUGACAUGGGAAGGUGGAAGGGGCGCAGCGAUACUGAAGCACACUCUCUCCCAUCACGUUUAUUUGACGGUGAGAACAUUUUCCUUCACAUUUUUGACAAAAGAUUACCUUAUUUUAUUCGGAAGUGAAGAGCGCCCCCUCAUAGAAAAUCGUCCAUGCCUCUGAUCCACUGUUAACAGUGCAAUGUGCUGAGAGAACACAAAUUCCUGCAUGGUUAAUAAUUCGAGGUGUCAUGGUAUAUCAUGUAUAAAACGGUCCCAACAGCUUGUAAUUGUAUUUUUUUUUUUGGGGGGGGGGGUUCCGAGUAAGAGUUAAAAGUGGAUUCUAAUUGACGAAACACAUUCUUGUCAACUUUCAUCAAUAAAUGAUUUAUGUAAAAAAAAUGAUACCUCAUACUUGACUUUUCCUUUCGAUUAAUGUAUUCUGAGUUCUAGUUUUGCGCUAAAAUUAUGGCAGGCCGA